AUGCGAGGUAGGGUGAGUCUUGAGUACAUUGCUGAUGAAGUUGCAAGGAAGGCAACAUACUUGAGAAGGAAAAAUGGGCUACUAAAGAAGCUGAAAGAACUCACGGUCCUUUCUGGUAGAAUUGAUGCAUGUGCUCUGAUUUAUAGUGAGUUUAAUGACCAACCAGAGCAAUGGCCAACAUCCUCAUUAGAGCUUCAAAGGAUAAUCACAAAGUGCAGGAGUUAUCCGGAAUUGGAGCGGGGUAAGAAGAUGCUGAACCUAGAGAGCUUGUUGGAUGAAUUGAUUCUGAAGGCCAAUGAGAAAUUAGCCAAAAUGGAGACGAAGAACAGGGAGAUACAGAUGUCCUUGCGCAUGUUUGAACUAUUGGCCAAUAAAAAUAUCACUCAAACUUUCACCAAGGAUGAGCUGAAUCAAACGGCUUGGACAAUUGAUGAGAAGUUGAAGCAGGUAGAACAGAGGAUCAUUGAACUAAACAACAAUGCUUCAACUUCACAGAGCCAAGCUCAAGUGGCAGAUCCAACAUUGGCGGCUGCAGAUGGAGGAAUUAUGCAAGGAGAGGCACAAGCUCAAGUGGCAGAUCCAACAUUGGUGGCAGAUGGAGAAAUUAUGCAAGGAGAAGCACAAGCUCAAGUGGCAGAUGGAGCAUGUAUGCAAGCAGAGGCACAGGUGAAUCAUGGCCAAAGUUAUGAAAUGAACAAGAAAGCCACACAAGAUUUUGCAUCUUUUCUUAAGCAUAUCAAUGGUGGAGAUGAUGAUUCUUCAGCUUAG